UGCUAAAUGGCAAAUAUAAUUAACCAUAAUGCAAUGACUAUGACUUUAGCUAAUAUGGUGACAGCGAUGUAGGCUCUGUGUAGUGGUUAUGAUAUUAAGGUUUGCCUUGGAAAGGUUUUUUAGCCUGGUCACAGAGCUGAUUUGUUGUGCACUGAAGUCCACAAACGAAGGGAAAAGGUGAGAGGAGGAGAGCGCGUUGAUGCGAGAAAGAAUUAUGUGGUCAUGCUGUUUGUAUGUGGCUGCUAUGAAAGUGAACUGUGUUAUCCAUGUGAUCAGGGGUUUAUUCAUUCUGUCGAUUCUGUUGAAAAACGUUUCUUAAACGGAACCAAACGGGCUAAACAUACCUGAAUUUGUCCAACAGAAACUGUCAUUUGUAACUGUUGGACUAAUGAUUACACCCUAGAUCAGCUAGAUGCAGGUAAGAGUGUGCAAAGUGUUGUUAAAUGUGUCAUUGUCUGUCACCUUUAUUAGUAUUGUUUUAAAUCUUGGCCUGUGCACCUACAUUGUAAACUUUCAUAGGCUACGUUGUAGCAACCUCAUGAUGGAUGUAUGGAAAAUUCCAGCAUCAUGUAGUAGCCUAAACCUAUUGAUGUUACACUGAGCUGCGUGAAUGGAAUAUGAAUGGCAGUCAUCCAAUAUGCUGUAAAAUAAAUAAGGCCAUGCUCAUAAAAAAAAAUAUUGUCCUCCCUCACCUUAAAUGGCACCGACCGCCACCCCGUCACAUAUUGUUUCAGUUCUCCUUACAUUCUAAAACUGAUGUGUCACAUCACAGAAGGCAGCAGCUGAAGAGCAGGGGUAGUGAGUGUUCUCACUUUAUUUCUGACAUACUUCCUGUUUUAAACAUUUGCUACUCAGAUGCUCAAUACAAAUAGGGACUGCACAAUACCGUAGCUGCUUACUAGUCAGAGACAUCUAUAGCUAACUUGUAAACCUUGUAUUAGUGGACAGACUGAAGAAAACAUCAUCUAUUGUAAAAACAGUGGUUGCCAUGUUGGGAGAAGCCUUCAUCAGAGUCUUCAGGUACAGGAAAGAGGAUUGUGAUUGUGAUUCCACAAAGGCUCAGGAACGGCCACCACACCCUGCUCCCAAUAUCGUUCUGAACCAAGGUUCAAUGUUAAGAAACAUGGAUGGCCUGGUGCAGUCUGGUCCUAGAGCGACAACCAGGCCCAGUGAUGCCCUCACCAUCCCCAAUAGCCACAGUGACGACUAUGGUGACCUGGAGCUCUAUCGCUCCUGGUGCUGCACCACCUUCUGCAAAGACUACCCCGACCUGCAGCUCAGAGGGGACCAUGUGGGAAACAGGAGUUCAAUGAGCCUGCGGCUGGAGAGUGAGGUGUUCCAAGGGCCACUUCUUCAAUCUCAGGACCUGGGAGAGCUGGAGUCCUUGGAACCCACAGGGCCUGUGGAGCCUGGGGUACAGGUGGAGUUCCAGACCCUGCAGGAUGAGAGUAACCUGGUCAUAGACAGCAGCAUCAUCACCCUGAACAGGGAACCUCUGUCCAACUCCAUGCUGAACGGCUACCUGGAGAGUAAGCUGCUGGAGGUGUACAGACAGCAUAUGCAGGACAGCCUGGCCCGGGGCAGCUCUCCCCUGGUCCAGACCCCUCCUCAGGGCCUGGUACCAGAACCAGUGAAGCAGCUCAGCCAGUAUCUCUGUCAGGACCACGGCCUAGACUCCAGUACGGCGCAGAGCAUCGUCAUCCACUACCUCAGCACCUGCACCGUGGCCAGCUCCAACUUCAGCUCUCCCGACCUGCGCAUCUCCAACCUACGCAUCCCCAACCCUGAGCCCAGGAAGAAGCCCACCUGACUGAAACCAGCAGUAUUUCUACUUUAUCUGCCAACUCUAAUGUACUUGACAAUGCUAAAGCAUUCCACCUAAUCUAUACUUGGUGGUCAGUUGUAUUGCAUUCAAGUGGAAAAUUCAAUUGAUAAUUCGGAAGGAUAUCCCCUCAUUUUGCUGAUUUGUUGAAAGAAAUAUCUUUAGAAAAUGUCACAAUGUCCAAAAUAUUUACUACAUAAAUGCAACCAGUUGCUAUAUUGUCAUGCUUGGGUGCCUGAGACAAUGUCAAGCUUUCGAGUUUAAAGACAAAGAGUAGAAAAACAGGGAACUGUGAAGAAUUCUUGUAAAGAAUCUUGUUUCUGAGAAAUGAUUCCUCACAGAUACUGCUGAUUUGAAAUGAUAUUGUUUUAAACACAGAUUUACAAAACGCCAAAAGAAAAAAAUAUUUUCCUAACUUGGUUGUCAAAGCAGAAAAAUAUUGCCACCUGCUGUCAUACAAAAGCAUUGCAUGUUUACUGCAAGUGUCACAUUGCAUUUUGACAAGAAAGAUAUUACACAACAUCUGUGCCAGAUAAACAUAUCAUGCUGUGCCACAUUUCUAAUGCGUUUGAAUCUUGAAUAAAUAAUAAAUAUUAA